CUAAUAUGAAUGGGCAAAGGAACUUCUGAAAAAAGAACAAAACCCAUUAGCAUAGCGAAGUUUCCGAGAUUCCACGCCCACCCUGAAAGCCCCUGUCACACAGGAAGUGCGCUGACCCAGGAGGGAUAAAAGAGGCUCCAGAGAGGCACAGUCCUCACUCCUCCUCACAGCCCAGCGGGACCACAGCCAUGAGACCUCUCAUCCUGGCCCUCCUUGGCGUCUGCUGUCUCGCCACCUCACUCGUGGAAGGUGUGGGCAAUGAAGUCCCAGAAAAAAGCAUCUGUGUGAGUCUAACAACCAAGCGACUGCCAGUGAAUAGAAUCAAGACAUACACCAUCAGGGAGGGCUCCAUGCGCGCCGUCAUCUUCAUUACCAGACGUGGCCUGCAAAUCUGCGCUGACCCGGAGGCCGGCUGGGUGCAAACAGCAGUCAAGAUCUUAAACAGCACCUCCAAGGCCCCAACCAAGCCCACAGGCACCCAGUCGUCCACCCGCAUGUCUGGGACACUGACUGGGUAGCCGUCCCCAGCCACUGGCCGCCAGCCAGCUGGCUUGCUUUGCAAGCUCACGGACUUGAUAGAAUGUACCAAAUUAUUUUCUGUGUUUGUAUGAGUUAAUGUCUUUCAUAUUUGUUUAAAUGCUCUAAUGAAUAAGUAUUUAUUAUCGA